AUGAGGAAAGGCUUCAGAAACUUCUGCAAUGGCGAUGCCUCGACUGCAACCUUCAACCAGCAAAAAGUUGAUCCAUGUAACUUGGAGAGCAAUACUCGGGGGGGAAGGCACGCAACCUUAGAGGAGAUGAUAAAGCAGUUAGAUUUGGAAGAGAAAAUGGCUAGAAGAGAAAAACUUGAUGAUGAUGAUGAUGAUAAUAGGGGAAUCCCACACCGGAUGUCGUGUGUUAAUAGUUCUGAUAUUCUGCGAACUGCAAGGAACGCAUUAAAUCAGUACCCUCGGUUUUCGCUAGAUGGAAAAGAUUCCAUGUAUCGUUCUUCAUUUCAAAACCUGGCCUCUGGAUCAAGAAAGUCAAUAUCUCGGAACCAUGGUUAUAACUUAGAAGCAGAGAGAACUCGCUGUUUGCCUCCUAAGUUGGCAGGGGAACGUGUAAUUUGGUGCAAACCCGGGGCCGUGGCCAAACUUAUGGGUUUGGAUGCCAUGCCAAUACCAGUAAAAAGGCAAAAUAUCAGGAGAAAAACUGAAAGACAUGAAAACUUUGGCCAUGUCAUGAGGAGAGAAAUUAUGGGUUCCUGCUCAAGAACUGGAUACUGUUUUAUGAAGCCUGUAGCAGUGGAACUUCCAAAUGGUGAAUUAGGCUGGCCAAUUCGACGUUUUCGGUAG